CUGUGCGCACUGAGAGGGAGGGAGGACAACCCGCGUGGAGAAACCGAUUCCCUCACUUCCCUCAGUUCGCUCAGUUACGCAGGCAAACACCCAGCUACUCAACUUCACUUUCGGAGGUCGGAGACCGACAGUUUCCGCAUCCCCAGUGCCACUACAGAGACGGUCACGCCAGACAAUGUCAAACUACACCGACCUGGAGAAAGGUCGCCCACAAAACAACCCGGCAUGGGAAAAACAACAACUCACACUGACCCUCCUCGGCGAAGAUAUAUCAGCUCUGAUACUCGAAAAGAAACACGCAACACGGGCAGGGCUCGAUACUUCCGAGCAGGAUGGGAAGAUUAAACGACACCUCGCGACGAUGAAGGAUGGAAUAGGGCGGUUGGAGCAGAGUUUGUCCGAGGCGGAGGAUGCAGGCGGGAGAGAUGUGACAGAGCUCCGCAGAUGGGAAGAGUCGGUGCUGCAACUCAGUCAAACGCACGAUCGGCUGGAUGUGAUGUCCCGGGGUGAGGACGGCGCACAUCUAUUGGCCAAAAAGGAGCUCCUGGCCCGCCCAUCAUCAGGCAACUCCGCAAAAGGCAAAACGGUCCGCUUCACCGAACCCUUCGACGGAACCGAGUCCAACGACGGGAUAGAAAUGGACGCCGGCUCAUCCUUACAGCUACAUCAACGGAUAAUGGACGACCAAGACAACCAACUCGACGAACUGGCCGAAACCAUCGGUCGCCAAAAACAGAUCGGCCUCAUGAUCAACGACGAGCUGGAUCUGCAUGUUGAUUUAUUGGAGGAGACCGAGACAAGGGUGGAUAACACACAUAGGAGGUUGCAGGGUGCCGGGCGGCGGUUGGAGCAGGUUUUGUUAAGUGGGUCGAGGAAUUCGAAAGGAAACACACUGAUCUGCAUACUAGUCGGCAUCCUCAUCCUGGUGAUCGUCAUUGCAAAGAAGUUUUAGGACCUUCCUCCCCUCGUCGGAAAACCCCGGACCUUCUUUGGGCGUCUUCAACGCUGCCCUCCUCCUGGCGCAAUCCAUUGGGCAUUUGCCCGCAGCUGCUUCCUCACACAAACACACUGUAAAUAUGUGGAUACUGUACAUACAUACUACACACCAUGCUCAACCUACCAUUUGUUGCUGGUUCGUGGCCUCAUUGUCCGUUCCGAUUGUGGCGGAACGUUCUGGUGUGGAUCAGACUCGCGUCUCUCAUAGAUGAGUGGUUGUUUUUUUUUGGACGUU